AUGCGAGUCUUGCAGGUGAUCAAAACAUCGGCGGACAAUGCGACAGUAUCAGCGAUCGCCACCUCGCCCACCUCGCCCGAUUCGUUCGUCGACACGUACUCGGCGUCGUCGCUGCUCGGAGAGGAGGGCCGCAUGAUCCUCAUCGUCGUCGUCGGCACCAUCUUCGCUAUUCUCACGUCUGUCGGCAAUUUGAUGGUUCGUCUUUUCCUCUUGUUUUCCACAAUUUUACGAGACGAUCAUAAACCGAGAGGCAAAGAGAAGAAUUCUGUUUUUCAGGUGAUGGUGAGCUUCAAAAUUGACAAGCAACUACAGACGAUUAGCAAUUACUUUUUGUUCAGUUUAGCUGUCGCAGACAUCGCAAUCGGUGAGCUCGAUUCGGUUUUAAACUGGUAUGAACGUGUUCCGUUUCAGGCGUCAUAUCAAUACCCAUGUUCACGUAUUACACGGCUGUACAAAGUUGGGAUCUCGGCUACACAAUGUGCCAGUUCUGGCUGUGCAUCGACUAUCUGAUGUGUAACGCGUCGGUGCUCAACCUGCUGCUCAUUUCCUUCGAUCGCUACUUCUCAGUCACUCGGCCGUUGUCGUACCGUCCGCGGAGAACGACGAAAAAGGCGUUGACGAUGAUCGCGUGUACCUACAUUAUUUCUCUGAUCCUCUGGCCGCCGUGGAUCAUCUCGUGGCCGUACAUCGAGGGAAAGUUCACCGCGGAGCCGGGCACUUGCGUCGUGCAAUUCCUUCAGACGAAUCCCUACGUCACUGUGGGAACUGCGGUGGCUGCGUUUUAUCUUCCGGUCACAAUCAUGUGCAUUCUGUACACGAGGGUCUACUGGGAGACACAGAAACGGCAGAAAGAGUUCGGGAAGCUGCAGGCGACUCAGGUGAGCGUUGAGAGUUUGACAGAAAGCUGAGCGAUCAGACAGAAACAGACUUGGGCGAGCGAUGUGGUAGAUCGGCCGUCGAUGAGAAACUCCAAGAUUUGGAGAAAAGUCAAGAAGGUUACAAUUCAAUAGACAUCCCGUUUUCAAACUCAAAUUCAUCCCACAAAUCCCAUUUUUGCUGUCAUGAACACCCACUUCUUCCGUCUAUAAGCAUGAGCUAUCCUCCCAAACGUUUCUUGAAUCGGUCUAGUCCAUUUCAUCGUUUUGUUUUACAGUUCUCACGACGGUCCAUGAAACGAGACGUGUCUUCGGCUUCAAUUGUGAAAUCCAGUGGAUCGAUGCGGAAAAAGAAUCACGAGGGAUACGGGGAAGACAGUUCGACGCCCUGCACAUCAUCCAGAAACUCCAAGAGGAAAUCGUGGCUCCGGAAUUGCACGGGCAAAUCGAAUUCCUCGUCGGAAGACAGUUCGGAGGCGGCGGCCAUGAAUUUGGACGACACCUCGUUGAGCUCCAGUCAUUUCGCACUGAGUGGCAGUCGGAGGAGGAAUGCUUCUCCGCCUUGCACGCCCAUGCCGACCAACUUUGUGAGUUUUCAUUUAAAACCUUUCUUUUUUACACUUUUUUUUCUAGGAAGACGAGGAGCAGACGGAUGCGGGGGCGUCGAUGAGAAACGGUUCGGCGAGGUUCCGGAGCCGUCCGCCGUGCGACGCAUCCAAGAACAACAACUCGGACACUUACACCGUUCUCAUUGAGCUCAACGACGAGGGAAGCCGUCCGAGUGUCCGUCUCAGCAGUUGUGAGCCAUAUCUCGAGUGAGUUUCCGGUGUCUGAGCUCAGAAAGGUAACGGUCCCUUAUUCAGUGACACGAUUUCAACGCGCAACCGUUCGAAGAGCGACUGCAACAGUGAGAUGGACGAGCGACGGCAGAGCCUUCUGGCCAAGCAGUCUCCAUUCAAGAACGGACGGAUUCUCAAGAAUUUCAGUUCUCAGGAGAGGAAAAGUGAGAAAGAGCAAAGGAAGAACGAGAGGAAGCAGGAGAGCAAGGCGGCUAAGACACUUUCAGCCAUCCUCUGCGCAUUCAUCGCCACGUGGACACCUUAUAACUGUGAAUUGAUGACUGAGAGAAUGAAAUGACAAUUGCACUUUUCAGUGAUCGUCUGCUGGGAGGCGUUCUUUCCGAACACGGUCCCGAACUAUCUGUGGACUCUCAGCUACUUCCUCUGCUACAUCAACUCUACCAUCAAUCCACUGUGUUAUGCUCUUUGCAAUGCCAGGUUCAUAUUUCCGUCAAACUUCUUCUUCUUCUUCUCACCGUGCCCAUUCAGAUUCCGUCACACGUACAUGCGCAUCCUUCGGUGCAAAUUCAAGGCGGAACGGCCGACCAUCAAUCAGGGAUACGUUCGUCGAAAUUAA